AUGGUGACUUCCCUAGGUGUCUGGGGCGACGAACGCGUCGUGCCUCUGUAUGGCGCAUGCGCCUCCGUUCUUGCCUUCGUGGUCCAGUUCGUCCAUCUGCGCCGAUCUCCUGAAACGUCGAAGGACCCCGUCACCGCACUGGGACGCUCUGAUGACGAAGUUGUGAAUAGUCGUCCGGGAUAUCGUAGCGCGUUCGGCCACGUCGUCGACUACAACGGGGGCACCACCAGAUUUUCCCUGAAGAUAGCGCGCUUGGUUUGCUGCGUCGCGCUCGCCACUUUCUCAGCCGUGCCCCUCGUUCGUGCGCACUUCGAACAGCCACUCGUUCAGUGGAUCGAAGGUGUGCACUGUGGCCUAUACGUUUACGCCUCGGCACUUUCUCUGGGCGAUAUUUUGUCUCGCAGUCGCAGCUCGACAUUCUCCGCUCACUUGGUAUUAGUCCUCUUGCUCCCCUUCUUCGUCUCCGUGUACCGCAACAUCAUCCCCCUCUUCAUCCGCGGUGGAGCGCCCGCUGACGCAGCGGAAGGCGCAUUCCUCUGGGCCAAGCUCUUGCUGUUGUUCGAAGCGAGCGUUUUGAUCCCGUCGAUCGUGCCUCAGUAUGACCCCGCCAUUACGCACCCUAACGAGGAGCAGCAAGCUUCUCUACUGGCGUUUGUGAUGUUUUCAUGGCUGGACAGCACCGUGGCGAAAGCGGCCCAAGUCUCGCAUCUGUCCAUCGACGACCUUCCUACAUUAUCUGCCGGGAAUACUGCGAAGGAGUUGGUGGAGCGUAGUUUCAAGUACGUCGACCCCUUCAAUACGGGCACGGAUAGCCAUAUCCUUUGGGGUUUCUUCAGGUUCUAUCGCAAAGACUUCGUCAUCUGCAUGCUCUUAUCCAUUGCGGGGGGGAUCUUACCACUGGGCACUCCGAUUGCCAUUCAAAACUUAUUGAUCGUGCUCGAGACAAACGGAGCGGACUCUAAAUACGAGCCGUGGAUGUGGGUCUUGUUCUUGUUUGUCAGCGCUUCCCUCUACACACUCGCCGACCAAUGGUAUCUCUGGAUUACACAUCGCCAACAUGUUACGACGCAAGCGAUCCUCACCGAGCUGAUUUUUCAACAUGCGCUCCGUGCUCGCGUGAAGGCCGAGACUACGCGCGACGCUGAAGACUCAUCGUCGCCUGAUGGGAGGAACGGCAAGGAGAACCUCAGCGGACGGCUCAGUAACCUGGUCACGAGCGACCUGGAGAACAUCCGACUCGGGAACAUCUUCUGGAUGCACACCUUGGUCAAGUGGCCGUUACAGUGUGUCGUAGCUAUCGUUCUCAUCUACCGCAUCCUGGGAUGGAGCACUUUUGUUGGACUCGGGGCGAUGAUUGCGAUGAUCCCCUUGCCCACCUACCUCAGCACGUACGUGCGCAAGUACCAAGCAGUGAUGAUGGCCAAGAUGGAUGCCCGCGUGCAGCUAAUCAGCGAAACCUUGGGCGUUGUCCGGAUGAUCAAGCUUUUCGGAUGGGAAUCUCGCGUUGCAGAGCAGAUUGCGGAGCGCCGGCAGGAGGAGCUCGUUCAGCUCAGGAAGACGCGGAUGGUGGAGAUGAUCAAUAACGUUUCAACAUUCAACAUACCACUGCUCUCCAUGAUCGUCACGUUUGUCAGCUACACGAUCUUACAGAAGGGCGAGCUGACGCCGUCGCGUCUAUUCCCUGCGCUUUCCGGCUUUUUAAUGAUGCAAUACCUGCAGCUCAUGUUCAACAGCCUCCCAGCUGUCCUGCAAGGCAAAAUCUCCAUUGACCGCAUCAACAACUUUCUGCACACAACCGAGCUUCUCGACGAAUUCGAGCACCCUCCAGUCACCGGUGACGACGCCUUCGCUGCCCCCGCCGACGCCGACAUCGACAUCGGGAUCAGCCACUCCGUCUUCACCUGGUCGACUUCCGUGCCUGGCAGCGGCGCCCAGACCCCGGUCGAUCCCUCCUCCCCCGCUCCGCGCAAGUUCGCCCUCCGGAUCGACGAACCGCUCCGCUUUGAGCGCGGGGCGAUCAACCUCAUCGUCGGGCCGACCGGGGCCGGGAAGACGUCGCUGCUCAUGGCGCUCCUCGGCGAGAUGCACGCGCACCCGUCGGCACCAGGUCUUGGUACGUGCGUGAGGCUACCGAGGGAGGGUGGCGUCGCGUACGCUGCGCAGGAAAGCUGGGUCCAGAGCGAGACUAUCCGGGACAACAUUCUGUUUGGAUCGACGUUUGACGAGGUCAGGUACGACAAGGUGAUCAAGCAGUGCGCGCUCGAGCGUGAUUUGGCUCUCUUUGCUGCGGGCGACAAGACGGAAGUCGGGGAGAAAGGGAUCACGCUCAGUGGGGGGCAGAAGGCUCGGAUUACCCUCGCGCGCGCGGUGUACUCGAAGGCGGAGAUCUUGCUCCUCGACGAUGUGCUUGCGGCUCUCGAUGUACAUACAUGCCGCUGGAUCGUCAAUCAGUGCUUCAAGGGAGAGCUCCUCCGCGGCCGUACCGUGAUUUUGGUCAGUCACAACGUCGCUCUCACACGUCCUGUCGCCAACUUUGUUGUCGCACUUGGGCCGGAUGGGCGCAUCGCCAGCCAAGGCUCCCUCGACAAAGUGUUCGAAGAAGACAAAGAACUGAUGGAAGAGCUCGAGGCGGAAGUGGGGGAUCUCGCCAAAGUAGACCAAGAGGUCGACCGUUCACCAGUGGAAGAAGCGUCGAUUGCCGUUGAUGAGGGAAAUCUGGUCAUUGCCGAGGAAGUCAGCAAAGGGGGCGUGGCGUGGAGCGCAAUGAAGUUGUACUUCGGGAACACUUCGAGUGUACCGUGGUUCUUCUGGCUUAUGUAUCCGCUCGCGUUCGUCAUAACGCAUUCUAUGUUGAAUCUACAACAAUGGGAGCUUGGAUUGUGGGCAUCGCAGUACGAGACUCACGACCGAAGCGAGGUCCGUGUUGGACUCUAUGCUGCGUUGUAUCUUGCGAUCCUCGUGACACAAUGCUGCAUCUAUGCCAUCGGUUGGUACUGGGGCACAACAGGGUCGCUUCGAGCCUCCAGGAUUGUUCACCAGCAGCUCGUUGGCCCGGUGCUUGGUACCACAUUGAGGUGGCUCGACAUGACACCCACGUCGCGAAUUAUAACGCGUUGCACGACUGACAUCCAGUCCAUGGACAACUCCAUCUUCCGCUCCUUCCACAUGUUCCUCGAGCACACCUUCUACAUUGUCUCUAAGCUCGUCGCCGUCACGAUCAUCAUCCCGCUCUUCUUUUUCCCAGCGGCGCUCAUAUUCGCGAUCGGAGGCUGGUACAGUGCGAGCUACAUGCGUGCAGAGCUGCCCAUCAAGCGUGAGAUGAGCAACGCGCAAGCGCCUGUUCUGGGGCACUUCGGCAGUGCUAUCGCGGGACUCGUGUCCGUUCGUGCCUACGGCGCUCAGGAGUCUUUCAAGCUCGAGUCAUACAGGCGCAUCGAUAACUACAGCCGGGCUGCUUUCCCUUUCAGUGCACUCACCCGCUGGGUUACGGUGCGCGUCAACGUACUUGGGACAGCUCUCACCACUGCGCUUGCAGCGUACUUGACGUAUUCUGCCUCUAUCGGCGCUGCCAAUAGCGGCUUCUCUCUGUCCAUGGCUUCGGAGAUUUCCAGGCGUAUCUUUUUCUGGUUUUUGGCCCUUAACGAGUUCCAAGUUUCAGCCAACAGCCUAGAGCGCAUUCAACAGUACUUGGUCAUAGAACAGGAGCCAAAGGCAACCGAGGCUGGCGUUCCGCCUGCGUACUGGCCUGCGAGCGGCGAGUUACGGGUCGAGAAACUGUCUGCGCGGUACACUCCGGACGGACCGAAGGUCUUGCACGAUCUAUCAUUUGAGGUCAAGUCUGGGGAACGCAUCGGUAUCGUUGGCCGCACAGGCAGCGGAAAGAGCUCGCUUACCCUGUCCCUUCUCCGCUGCAUCUACACCGAAGGCAAGGUCUUCUACGACGGCCUCGCUACCGACACUCUCAACCUCGACGCGCUCCGGUGCAACAUCACCAUCAUCCCCCAAGUGCCCGACCUGCUCCGCGGCACGCUUCGCGAGAACCUCGACCCUCACGGCCAGCACGACGACGUGACGCUGAACGACGCGCUGCGCUCGGCCGGGCUCUUCGCUCUGCAGGAGCGCGUCGCGUUGAGCCUGGGCGGCGAGCACGCUCAAGGUGCGGAGAGCGGGCGGAUCACCCUCGACUCGGAGAUCGCUGGUGGAGGGGGGAACCUUUCGGUCGGGCAGAGGCAGAUUAUCGCGCUUGCGCGGGCGAUGGUGCGGCGCAGCAUGCUGCUCAUCCUGGACGAAGCUACAUCUGCCAUCGAUUACGAGACGGGCGCGGUCAUCGAGAAGGCUCUUCGCGAAGAGUUCGGAAAGGACGUGACUGUGCUCACGGUCGCGCACCGUCUGCAGAGCAUCAUGUAUUCGGACAAGAUUAUGGUUCUCGACGCGGGACGCAUUGUUGAGUUCGACAGUCCGAGUGCCCUGCUGAAGCUGCCAAGUGGUGGGUACUUCCGCGGGCUCGUAGACGAGAGUAUGGAUCGAGCGGCGCUUUACGCGAUGGCCGGAAUGUCCGUGGAAUGA